AUGGGCUGCUAAGCCGGUCCUUCCUUGAGUUGUCGUGGCCUUUUCAGUAAAUCGUCAGCAGAAAAUAGCCCUCUCUUUACAGUCACUUCAUUUCCAGUGACCAUCAUUCUGCUCAGGUCUUAAUCUCGAACGUUCGCAAAAAAGCCAAGAACAACAUGCCUGGACCCGCAGCAAGCGCAUCAAGCGUCGGCGCCUCUGGCCGUUCCCCCAGUAAGACGGUGGCCCCGAGAGCAGCAGGAUCCACAGUGAGACAGAGGAAAGCGACUGGUAGCGGUACGCGUUCUGCUGGCAGAGCUACAGCGUCAGCGGGUACAGGUGGCAUGUGGCGCUUCUACACUGAGGACUCGCCAGGACUCAAAGUUGGACCGGUGCCAGUGCUUGUAAUGAGUCUGCUGUUCAUCGCCUCGGUCUUCAUGCUACACAUAUGGGGAAAGUACACCCGCUCCUAAACCUCCUGACCUUUGAACUCUGAUCUCCAAGUGAUUAUGAAUUAAGCCGUUGGACCUGGACCAAACUCUGACCCUAAACAGCAAACCUGGUUCACACAUUUUCAUUUCAGAAAAGUAAGCAAGGUUUACUUCCCUGCUACAAGUUUUCAUUUCUUCCUUUUUUUUUUUUUUUUUCUCUUUUUUUUUUUUUUUUAAAAUCUGGAAAACAUGUACAUUUUUUGCUAACCUUUGUACAAACACUUCUGUAAAAUUGUACAAUAAUAAAAACAUCACAAAAUA